CUGGCUGCGAUGAAACAAAUCGUAAAAAACGUAAACACCAUAACUCGGGUGGCGAAAAUUACGACCCGCGCCGGAAUGUCGUCGGAAAACAAGUCGCCGCUGCUGGAGCGGGCCCGCAACAUAGUGCCUCACCUCGACACGGACCGCCACAAGGGCCAGGCCGGCCGGAUCGGCAUCGUGGGCGGCUCGCUCGAGUACACCGGGGCGCCGUACUUUGCCGCAAUCAGUGCGCUGAAGGUGGGCGCGGAUCUGGUGCAUGUGUUCUGUCCGGAUGCGGCCGCCCAGGUAAUCAAAUCGUACAGCCCGGAGCUGAUUGUGCACCCGCUGCUCGACUCGAUCAACGCCAUCAUCCAGAUCGAGCCGUGGCUCGAGCGGCUGCACGUACUCGUGAUCGGGCCGGGGCUCGGGCGGAACCGCCAGAUAAUGCAGACGGUGGCGGAGCUGAUCAAAAUCUGCCGCCAGCUGCAGAAACCGCUCAUCAUCGACGCGGACGGGCUGUUUCUCAUCACGCAGGACAUCAGCCUGGUGAAGGACUACUACGGCGUGAUACUGACGCCGAAUGCGAUCGAGUUCUGCCGGCUGUUCGGGAAGGACCGGGACCAGAUCAUGCUGUCGCUCGGGCGGCUCGGGGCGGGCGUGACCGUAAUCGAGAAGGGGCUGAACGAUCGGAUCUACGACUCGCUCACGCUGGAGAAGUACGAAUGUCCGCAGGGCGGUUCCGGGCGGCGGUGCGGCGGACAGGGCGAUUUGCUGGCCGGGUCGCUCGCCACCUUCUACUACUGGGCGCUGGAGUCGAAGCAGGAAAUUAGCCCCGCGAUGGUGGCCUGCUUUGCGGCCAGCACGCUCACCAAGACGUGCAAUAAGUACGCGUUCAAGCUGAAGGGCCGCAGCAUGACGUGCAGCGACAUGAUCGACCAGAUUCAUCCCGUGUUCGACGACCUGUUCGAGCACAAGAAGGAUUAGGGCUGGUCGCACCGGAGCUGCCAGCGGUCGGCUCCCGGCCCGAUGGUGGCGCUCGUUUACCGAUACCUCAGAUCUGCACGUUCUCUACUCGUCGUCGUCAUCGUCAUCGUUCUCGUCAGUGUGUUCAUAGUUGUCUCUGUUCAUCCAAGCUCCGGCAGCACGGUGGUCUGACGAUUGCAAACGAAAUUGCAACGAAACACACACACACAUUGGAGUCAAUUGGUUGCAACGAACUAGCUCUCGCCACAGGGACGGGAUCAUUUGGAUUCUGUGUGAAACAGUCAGGGUGAAGGGUAGUUUAGUAGGAAGCUAAUUUUAAGCAUGAUAGAAAGACUAGACAAAGGAAGGGAUCAGGCGCUGGUGCGUCUGCAGUAGAUUUUCUAGCUCGUCAUCACGUGGCAUCUCACAUCUUACGCAGUACGGCUACCCAGCCCCGGUUUGAUAUCGGGCGCACUGGUGGUGGUGGUGGUAGUGGUGUAGCGGCGUACGAAUUUUCAUUCUUGCACGAUUUUUUAAAUACAAUUCACGAUUGGGUGGAAACAUCAUCGAACGGGGAAGAAGCGCUACUUGGGACUGUAAAGAGGCGGGCAAAAAUUAAUUGUGAAAAAUGUUUUACCAAAGAUACGAAAAUUCCAAUAAAGACUAAAUGCAACUAUCGAGAUUAAAAUGAACAUAGUUAAAAGGUUUGAUAUGAUACAGUAGUUUGGAAUAAAUAUCCUUUAAAUGUACUAGUCCUCCUUAUCCAUUCGUUAGAAAAUUUCACUUUUCAAGCUUUCCAGCUAGCAGCGCAGAAAGCUUUCCCAAAAGCUCCUUCCCCACAGUGAUGACGAAUAAUGUGCAACACAUGGUUAAUUUGGGCUAUUGU